UUCUUCUGCUUGCCCACAUCCUCGUCGGUCUUCCAAUUGCCGCUCUGCUUCGUCUUCCCCUACCCCUAUACUGCUCCUCCUCCUCCUCCUCCAUUGAUGUGUUUGAAUCUGAUUUCUCCCUCCUGAACCUCCAUUGCCUCUCAUCACCCCGACCCCCCACCCACCCACCGCCAUUCUCGCCGACCUCUGAUCACAUACGCCUGCAGGUCCCUUCUGCUUCUGCAGCCGCUCACUCUGCCCCUGCACAGCUGAAGUCAAGCAGGUUGUAGAAGUAGAAGUAGAUGACGGUUCGCCAACAAUGAAUACUGCUUCGGGGGCUUUAGCCAAAGCUAAGGCCGGUGCGUCACAGCCCUCUGAAAAUACGACUAAGCGGAAGCGAGGAAUCUUUCAGAAAGAAUUGCAGCACAUGAUGUAUGGUUUUGGAGAUGAUCCUAAUCCUCUUCCAGAAACUGUUGCACUUGUGGAGGACAUUGUGGUGGAGUAUGUAACAGAUUUUGCACAUAAAGCUCAGGAAAUUGGAUCAAAAAGAGGGAAGCUAUCUGUUGAGGAUUUUCUGUAUCUAGUCCGCAAGGAUCCACCGAAGCUCAAUCGCUGCAAGGAACUGCUCUCUAUGCAAGAAGAGCUGAAGCAAGCAAGGAAAGCCUUCGAUGUUGAUGAAGAGAAGCUUGCAGCAUCUCUUGAUUGAUGGUGAUAUGAGCUGCUAGGAUUUCCUUUAUAGCUCCUUGUUCGCACAUUCUAGAAAAUUUUGACAGUUGAUGGUGCUGAACUGUAUCGAUAUGUGAAUAUCAUUGCAUUGCUUGGAAUAAUGAUAGUUGCUGCUCUAUAGAACGGAUGGCCGAGGUUGUCGAGACUUUCGGGACUCAAUAGGAAGAGGUUUGAUAAAGGAAUCAUAAUUCCAUUGAAAUUUGUUGUU